ACAUUAUCAUGGCGUUCGCUUUCCUAUCAAUAGAAAUCUCUUCGUUCCUCCUUCUCCUGAGUUUAUCUCUACUGACGGAUGGGCCUCGUCUUACUCGCGUAUUGAACAAUUUAGACCGUGCCAUCAUCACUUUUGAAGAUCGCUUGCAAACACAGGCUAGAGAAUCGGGAAGAAGUAUCACUAAUUUUGUCACUUGUCUAUACAGUACAUCUGGAAACUACUACCAACCGGAAAUUUACAGAAGUACGUGAAAUAUGUGUUGUUCAUCUUCAAACUGUAAGCAAAGUGACCAGACUAUUGAAAUACCUCGUUGAUGAAUAGACUUUCAAUGAACGCCACUACUGAAUAUCAGACAGACAUGUGAAAGUUGACGUUCAGUUGUUUAAACAAUAUGUCUGAAUAAUGCCACCUAUUCAAUUUGAGUAUCUGUUGGUUAGGAAUUGAGCACUUUUCAUUAUCCCGAUUGUCAUCUAUCUUGAAUUUGUUGUGUACUCAUUUGUUUUCACAGACAUUUCACGGACCAUCAGAGAGGUACAGCAGUCAUAUGGUAAGUACGCCUUCCUACUUCAUAACACAUAGUGUUUGAUGUUGUUCACCUUGCGUUUCAAUCGGCGAGUUGUCGGGACUGAUUUUCGAAAGCGAUUCAAUUGAGUCACUCUAUCGAUACUCUACGUGUGUCAGACUGUUAUCAGCUGCUUGAGGUGAUCAUCCCGUAUUUCACUAUCAAUCACUUGGAUAAAAACAGGAUGACAGAGUAGAGCGUAUCUACCAUUUUAUCGAAUCUACGCGAAAUGAUACGUAAAGGUGAAAGAUGUUGAUUUAUUCACUGAAAAACCUGAACUACAGGCCACUAAUAUUCUCUUCAUUUUACAUUUUAUCCAGGGAAUUACUUCUACAUAUCUGAGAGUAGAACUCUCUGGAGGGAAUCGCUACUCCAUGGAUCUGAAUGUAAGCAUUGAUAUUAUUGGUUGUGCAGGUUAGCUUCACUUCUGCCUAAAGUUUCCCAUUCUUCACAAUACGUCAAACGUAUUUAAAUGGUAAUUUCUUUUAUCGUAGAUAGCGCAAGCAUGUGACAUAAAGAUAGAUGUGUUUAUUCGUUAGAUAUUUGAAUGAGUGAAUGAAUUCGUCAGUCACUGGACAAUAGAUGACACCAAUUAGUGAUUCCGCAUACGUCUAUUGUCAUUUUGUGAUCCAGUGUCUGUGUAUUGGGACUCCGUUGGAUUAUGAGGCUGUCGAAAACACAACAAGUGAUUACUCUCCAAUGCUACGCACCACAAUCGCUUUGUGAAUGACGAUGUCAUUUUGAAUAGUUGAUGCCCAGCCGCUCACAUUGUUCAGAGGUGAAUUGAGACCAACUGAGAUCUAGUCAGUAAUAGCGUGCACAUCGCGUUAUCCGAAGAUGGGCAGUUCACUGACACAUGGUCAAUCCCUAUGAAGAUUCAGAACUUCAAGUAUCUCUCUCUGAAUAUCCGUCACUCAUUGCUUACUCACCGAGAAUCAAUUUCACUGUAUCAGCAGGUUGGCGAAAUUCACAACCUACACGUGCACAUAUUUUUGAUGUUAUAAUAAACUGGUGAUAUGUUUGUAUGUGUUGACCUGUGUGUAUUUCAGCCGGACCAAGCCGUAAGUCAAAUCACACAAUACUUACUGGUGAUCUGUAAUACUAAGCAUGUUCACCAUGUUCAUUGUAUCCAACGAAAUGCUGUCAACAAAAUCCUUUCUACUUGAACAGGUAACGGACAACAGCCGGAUUUAAGUGAAUGUGAUAGUCUUCUGACGAUUAAUCGCACUGAAGGUAAUUCGAAACAUGUCAUUGCUUUGUGGAAUUUGCACCGUCAGUUUUAUCCCAGUAUUUCACAGGCAGAUGUAAAUCAAUUCAUCCGACUGAGUAACAAUUGAUAGUGACUGUCAUAUUAGGUUUUUCGUAAACGACGAAGCUACUCUCUACAAAGAGAAAGUCUACUUCCUUGCAAAUACUUUGAUGAUUCUACUUACAGAAAGUGCACUUUCGACUGACUGUAUUUCUAGGGUUGUAUUAAUAAUAAUAUUAUUGUUCCCUUGGAUUUCAAGUUGGACAUGUGGCUUCACCAGCACAUCUCCACUUCGUUCUCUUCUCUUCGGUGCUAUUCAGCUAGCCUCAAGAUUUCCAAUGGGCGCUCAUCCACUUACACAUGGAUUCAUCAAAUUCACUACUCUCGAAGAUGCACCCUACUCGUCGAUUUGUACUCAGAUUCAGUUCGAGCGAUGGCCUGGUGAGCGAUGUCAACCGAUGGCCUCCUCAGCGUCUGUCUGAUGCAUCUCGAUUAUCUCCGGCAUAUUUGUUGAUCGAUGGAUUCCUGGUUGGUUGGUUGCUACAGUUUCUUGUCACUGAUUGUCUCUAGUCAUUUGAGUGAUCUGCAAUAUAUAAGUGACGAUUUCAGACAUGGACAACCGUCCGCGGUCUUCAGAAAAUGCUUGAUGUAAAUAUGUAUAUAUUUGUUUAUGCUGCUGAAAGGUUUCAAUUGAAAUGUGAAUAUUUACUCGGUCGAUGUUGGCGUCUUCGGAAUUUGCAAUGCCUUCUGCCGUCCUCAUCUGUCCACAAGUCAUCAUGCCUCUACAUGAUAUGUGCUUGACUUUGCUUUCCAUUCCAGAAAUUAAUGAGUUCACUCAACGGGUAACAAAUUACAGUUAUUUGAAACACCUGUCGGUGAUAGCUUAUGAUUGCAUACCACAGACUGACAGGAUAUUUACUACCGUAAUCCGUGUGAUGUGAACAAAUGAAUUCAACUAUCAUCAUGCAUCAUUUGAAGACAACGUGGUUCUUCUUUUCUCUUUCACUUGAUUAGACUUUAGUACUGAUAUGUAGUCGUAGAUUUAGUCUUAGUUGUAGUCUUAGUAGUAGUUAUAAUUGUAAAAAUAGUAAUAAAAGUGAUAAUAAUAAUAAUAUUUUGACAUC